GCGGACGGUGAAACGCACUCAGCCCUUGCUGGUCGAGGGCGGAGGUUCCGGCAGCGGAUGCCCCCUUCCGGUCGGGACGGGGAUUAGGAGGUGCAACGGUGGAAACUUCUUGGCGGCUGGGAGGAGGAGGAGGAGGAAGAGGGUUGGCGGCGGAGGCCCCCUGGCGGUUUGGAAGAAAAGGAGGAGCAGCAGCGGUUGAGGGCCCCUGGCGGCCUGGAGGAGGAGUUGCUGCAGCUGAGGCGAUAGUCCCCUCGAACUGACCCAGUGUGAGCUGGGAAGGCACGCCCAAGAUGGCGGCAGGAUUGAAAAGUUGUUCUCGGCGGUGUGUGCUCUGACCGGGGUGGGUAGGGAAGGGACAGCGUGGUCCAGGGAAGCCAGUGUCUAGUCCACACAACGAAUGGGCGGCUAGGCCUGGGUUGGAGUGGUUGUCUGAUGUCGCUGCCGUAAUGUCAGUGUGGGCGGGAGUCGGUUUUCUUUUCGCCGUCACCCUGGUUGUAAGGAGUUACCGCUGGUUCUUCAGCUAGAAAUGGAGGAUGAUGCGAAGAAAGGUAAAAAGAUGCACCCCGAUGUCCAGUACUACAUGAACUCAAACAGCAAAGACAGUAACUGCAAAUUCACUGCUGUGUCAGUUAGCAAUCCUGGAAUCGUGUCACCGUUUAAGCGUGUUUUCCUGAAAGGAGAGAAGGGACGUGAUAAGAAGGCACAAGAAAAGGUUACAGAACGAAGACCGUUGCAUACAGUUACCCUGGCCUUGCCAGAUCACAGAGUUGAACCAGAGAUUCUGUUGAAUGAUUAUAUUGAAAAGGAAGUAAAGUAUUUAGGGCAACUCACGUCAGUGCCUGGUUACCUGAAUCCAUCCAGUCGAACUGAGAUACUGCAUUUGUUAGAUAAUGCAAGGAGGGCACAUCAGCUUCCAGGACCACUAACAUCAGAACAAGAUGCUGUGAUUAGUGUGUCUGCAUACAAUGUUAAAUUGGUGUGGCGAGAUGGUGAAGAUAUUAUCCUCCGACUUCCAAUCCAUGACAUUGCAGCAGUCUCUUAUAUCAGAGAUGAUUCCCUUCACCUGGUCAUUUUUAAAACUGCCAAUGAAUCCGGGAAUUCAACCAAUCAAAGCACUGAAGAUUCGACUAAAAUACAGAUGUCGGUGUCAGAAAGUGGAGCGGGAACCAUGGAACCGUGUAGUCUGGUGGUGGUGGUUGUAGAGAAUAAAGCAGCUGCAGAAGAACUCUGUUCUCUUCUUAGUCAAGUCUUCCAAGUUGUUUACACAGAGUCCACAAUAGACUUUUUGGACAGAGCAAUAUUUGAUGGUGCAUCUACCCCAACUAAGCACAUGUCUAUAUACAGUGAUGAUUCAAGUAAAGCGGACGUUAAAGAGCCGUAUGAUGCAGAAAUCAGUAACUUGUCUUUUCAGGGUUCAGAUGCAGGAGGAAAUUCACCAUCUUCAACUCUACCAUCACCUCAGAUCAAAAAUGUUAGUGACAGUGAGCUCAGUACUUCUGCAGCUGAAUUGCUUCAGGAUUACAUGAUGACACUGAGAACGAAGUUAACAUCUGAAGAAAUCCAGAAGUUUGCUACACUUCUACACGAGUAUCGCAAUGGUGCCUCAAUUCAUGAAUUUUGCAUCAGUCUUCGACAGUUGUAUGGUGAUGGUAGAAAGUUUCUUUUGCUUGGACUCCGACCUUUCAUUCCAGAAAAAGACAGCUUACAUUUUGAAAAUUUCCUUGAAACUAUUGGUGUCAAGGAUGGAAGGGGCAUUAUAACGGACAGUUUUGGCCGAUACAGAAGGACUUUGAGUAAUGCAUCCAAUUCAACUACAAAUGGCAAUGGAGCAACUGCAGGCUCAGAUGAUCAGUCUGUGCCUUCUGAAGGUGAUGAAUGGGAUAGAAUGAUCUCUGAUAUUAGCCAUGAUAUAGAGGCCCUUGGCUGCAGUAUGGACCAUGAUUCAUCUUGAAAUGAAAUUUGCACAUCCAGUUAGUAGCCGUCAAACUUCUUUCUUAUACCGAUGUGUUCUUAAAUGAAGUUUACUACAAUGUGAAUAUUUAAAUGGAUUGUUAAAACAUUUCUAAAAAAUGAAGAAAUCAGGCCAUAACUUUUUUUAUUGCUGAAAAACUGCUUAUUUGUAUUGAAACCUUUUGUAACAAAGCAAAUACCUGUUAGGCUUGCUUCUUCCAGUCGUGAGCAAGACUUUCCUUGUCAUUUCACGUGGUUUUGUAUCUGAACUGCACAAUGUUACAUAUUGCAGUAUACUGUGAUGUCAGGGAUGAUUUGAUUCACUUCUGGACAGAUUUUUCAUUUUCAAUCUAAGGCUCCAAGAAGUUGAAAUUUUUUGUCCCAUUUCUGCUCUAUGAUGUUGCAGCAUGAGGUGAUGUCUGGUGCUUGCAAAUAAUACUGCACACUUUGAAUUCCUGUAAAUCUUGGCUGCAUAUUCAAAUGUAGCUGCUGAAAUUUGCCUUGUGACUAAACUAGGCAACAUAUUUCCAUUCUUCUCAUGGGAGGUGCAGAAAAGCUGGUAUGUGAUUGUGAAAGUUGAGCUUGUAUAUAGUUGGAGUGCAUUAUUGUGAUUGCAAAUAACUAAAAUUUUGGUAAAGACAAUUGACAGAAGAAAAAUUGGCAUUUUUCUUAAAUGAAGAGAACCAUGCUGCAGAUUUUAUGUUCUGCUUUCAAAUAUUUGCUUUAAAAAUUCCUGCAGUUAUCUGCUAUUCCUGCAAUAUUUAUGCUCUACUUCCAUUUUCAAAUAAGGGAAAGCAUUAUCAUUUAAACUUGUAGAGUUUUAUACAAAGGUUUAAUGUUCUGGUGAAAUGAACAGUAAGGUGCACCAUAAUGGUGUGUCUGUAUAUUGAUACUUUUCAAAAUGUCCUUUCUAUUUCUGCACACCCAAUGCAAGGAUUUUUAAAUUUUAAAUUCUAAUUAAAAAAUAAGGGCUAUUUAAUCGUAGCCCAUGCAAAUUUUUCAUGUAAUAUGCUGUAUUUACUCUCCCAUUUAAUGAAAUUUAAAAGGAAGAAAAAUGUUCAUGAAACUGGAGAUGCAAUUUCAAAUUUUGGUUAAUAGUCAAUUUGGAUGCUGUAUUUAUACUGCAUUUAAACAACCUUUCUUAAAUAUUCUAUUUGUUUAUUGGCAUGACUCAACAUUUUACCAAUAGAUGUACUGUAUUGUAUGUAUAUGUGAUAGUGUGCAGUGGGUAGAAUGUAUGAAGUUAAUAUGCAUAGCAUGUGGAAACAAGAAAACCUCAAGAUCAAUCUGAAAGAAUGGAUUUGCUAUUACUGCCAGUAUAAUGGUCUUUGGAGCCACUAACUUUUUUAUGGAGUGUUGUCAGAUGCUUCAAUAUCCCAUUCAUUAGUUUGUAGUGAAGUAACUUGGUAACAGUGCUUCAGGUGAUUUAAUUUUAUGCUUGGUUUGUAAACCUAAAUGUAAUAUUAUACUCUAGUAAGAUCUGUUAAAUUCACUUCAGUGUCCCUUUCAAAAUAUUUUAGUGUCGUAAACUCAGAUAUUAAUGAGUUGAAAACCACUGGCAUUGUACUGGCAGACUGCAUGGUGGGUUUCCCGAUUUGGAUGCUUAAUUAAUUGUACUUAAGGAAGUGGCUGUGUGUACCAUGUCGUUAUGGUGAUUGUUGUCUUUUAAAUAUUAGGAUGGAGGUAGGGUAAAAUACAACUGCGUAUCAGUGAAAUAUUUCAAGUACAAGAAGAUGUAAAUGUUUGAACUUUUCAGGUACAAGGGAUAUCAAGCUACCCUCUUUGGAUAUGAAUAUUAGAUGUUGUUUUCUGCAUCACUUGCCAUGAUUUUACUCGGAUGUUUUGUUCCAUUUCUCCAUUUGACUGAAGUUGAUCUUUUGUUUCCUCCAGUCUGUUCAGAAAGUUGCCCAUUUACUUUAUGUACAAAUAUGUACGAUUUUGUUUGUGAUUUAUCAUUUUUACACUGUAUAGAAUAUCUGCUAAAGCAAUUCACAUUUGUAGCAGGAAAGGACCUGUGCAUGUUUUGUAAUGCUUUACUUUUUUCAAAGUGCAGUCUACUGUUUGUUCCAUUGGCCAACUACUUCCAACUAUUCUCAAUCAAUUAUCUGGUUUAUCUGGCACAGCCCAGAAGUUCAAAUACAGAUAAGCCAAGGCUGAGAUUCCAACACCAGUUUGCUUCAAUGAAAAAGCAAUCUAACCAUGCAAGCUACUACAAACACACCUAUCAUUUGACUUGUAUAUCAGUAGUGCAGCACCAUUUCGGUUUCAUGAUCUGGCUUGUUUAAAUAGUAAAGCCUUUAGCUUGGGCUAUUGUAAAGGUUGAAUGUCAAGCUAUAUCAUCUUUUCCUGAGUGAAAGUGAGGACUACAGAUGUUGAAGAUAAAAGUCAAAAAGUGUAGCAUCGAAGAGCGCACAU